AUGUGUGAUAUUGUUGAACAAAACAGUAGUGAUGAACAUCAAGAGUGUGUCAACUGUGAAACAGAACCAUUAAAUUUGGACAUCAAUCAGAUAAUCAUCAAAAAACAAUCUGUUGUUUUGGCCAUUGAUUCGGAUAUCAAAAGACUCGCCGAACUGAAGAAUCGUCGCGAAAGACGCCAUAAGAUAUGGUUUCUAAGCGUAUUAUCUUUUGGCAACUUCUGUGUGGCCGCCGGUAUCUCACUUCAGGGACCGUUUUUCCCGAAAGAAGCCGAGAUGAAAGGCGCGACUCCGAUGGUAUAUUCAUCGAUAUUUGCCGUCUACGAGCUGGUCAUGUUAUUGACAUCGUUUAAAUUCGGUCAACUGGUUACAAAAAUACCGGCAAACUUGAUAUGCGGGUUUGGUUUGGCCGUGGCCGGAAUCAGUACCGUAUCGUUCGGUAUAUUGGAUCACUUACCAAAUGGCGUGUUGUUUAUCGGGCCAGCAUUUGCCGUACGUAUAGUCGAGUCGUUGGGUGCGACAGCUUUUGCUACCAGUAGCUACUCUUUAAUUACUUACCGGUUUUCCGACAACUCGGCCACAAUGUUCUCAGUUAUGGAAACCUGUUUCGGUUUAGGUUUGAUAGUCGGUCCAGUAAUAGGAGGCACUCUCUACGAGUUUGGUGGAUAUAGUUUACCAUUUAUAGUGUUGGGCAUUACGUUAACAAUAAGCUCGGCAUCGAUACUCAUGUUUGUGACCACAAAUCAAAUUCAGCCGACAAACUAUAAACAAGAGGCCGAAGUUGGGGUCAAUAGUAAUAAUAAUAAUAAUAAAGAAGACGUGAUUAGUAUAACAAAGUUUUUACUAAAUUCUAUCAUUUUAUUGGAUUCAUUGGUUAUACUAACGGCUCUGAGUCUUAUCGGUUUCUGUGCGGCCACUCUGGAGCCGCAUAUCCGACACUUUGAAUUGUCACCAUUGAUGACGGGUCUUAUAUUUGUGACAUUGGGUAUUACUUACGCCAUAACAGCGCCAAUUUUGGGCAAACUGUGCGACAUAUACAGCCAUAGUCUGACAUUAUUUUCUCUGUGCGGAACACUAUUAAGUAUAAUAGGACUUAUAUUGAUUGGUCCGAUGCCGGGCACCGGACUAGACAGUAAUCUAUGGCUUGUGAUUGUAGCCCUGUUGCUGUUUGGUAUGGGAACGGCAGCCAAACAGGUUAGCGGUUAUUCUCAUGCAUUGAACUAUUGUAUCAAAAACCGCGGUUUUGGUCAAAACAAGAGUCUUCACGGACUGGUGUCCGGACUGUUCUUUUCGUGUAUAUCUUUGGGCGGUUUUAUUGGACCAACAAUUGCCGGUAUUUUUGUCCAAAAUUUUGACUUCAAGUUUGCCUCACUUGUAAUGUUUGCCAUCGAAGUGACACUAUUUCUGAUACUAUUGUUUUGUUUUAUAACGAAAAAGACUAAAAUAUCGUAA